AUGCCCCGCUUUAAUCGACGGGAGCAGCUCCCGCUCCAUAUCAAGCGCGCUAUUUGCGGGCACCACGUCGACAACCCCCGCCUGCGUCAUGUUGACCUGGCGAGGUGGUGUUACUCGCAGUACGGAUUGCGUCCGGGUCGCUCCACUGUCGGCCGCAUAUUGAAGAGCGCCGAGCGAUGGGCUGUCACGGCAACCGGCGACAACCAAGUGCGCCGUCGAGGUGGCGCAUGGCCUGAGCUGGAGCAGGCCAUGGCGCGGUGGAUCGCAAACGAAGGUCCCGCUGGCGUGCCUCUGACGCUGCAGACCAUCCGCGACCAUGUCGCGACGAUGGCCCGGAACAUGGGCAUUUCGCCCACAUUCCGCUGCUCCAUCGGCUGGGUGCGCCGUGCUUUGAGGCGCCAGGGAGUGAGGUGCCGUGCAGCACAAGGCGAGGCGGCUAGCGCGGACAUGGCCGCCGUGCGCCACGCACGUGAGAAGCUGCCACAACUCCUCACGUAUCUCGGUGUCACCCCGCGGGACACUUUCAACCUCGAUGAGACGGCGCCCUGGCUGUCAGUUCUCCCUCGGCGCACUUACAGCAACGGCCGCAUUCCCGGUCGCGAAGUAUCGAAGGAGCGGCUCACCGUGGCAUUCCUCGUCAAUGUUGACGGGAGCCACGUAUUCCGACCGCUCGUGAUCAGUAAGGCGAAGCGGCCGCAUGACUUCCGCCCGGAUUAUGACCCUGAAUCCCUUUGCUACUGGCGGCACAACGCGAAAGGCUGGAAGACCUCGCCGAUCCUCACAGUGCUGCCCGACAACGCGAGCAGCCACAUGCUUCGCUCUGAGCUCGCAUGGAGCGAGCUCGUCUGCGGGAUGCGGACGACCUGCACGAGCAACGUGCGGCUCGUCUUCCUGCCGCCGAAUACCACCGCAUUUACGCAGCCGCUCGAUCAGGGCAUCAUAGCCAUCGCAAAGGCCCGCUACCGACAGCAUUGGCUGCGGGCCUUCUCGGCUUUGUGGAACGGCGACGGCGCGACUUCCACCGUCGCGCGUUUCCGCCCGAACUUGCGCGAUAACCUCGCGUGGCUGUCGGACGCGUGGACCUCCAUCGGCGCGCGCACCAUUCAACGGAGCUGGUGGCGCACGGGGUGUCUGCCGCUCUCGUGGUCCCUGGAGCUGACGCAUGUACACGACGAUGAGCCCACCCCCGCCGUCUACCCCGACAUCGAGCUCGACGACGACAUCGACGAUGUCGGGACGCUUAUUAGCGGGCUCGCCCUCGGGAAUGCGGCGAUGACGGCCGCAGAGUACGUCGCCAUCGUCGACAGCGAGCCAACGUACGCCGAGGGCGCUACGGGACAGCCCACGAUUGAGCCGGAGGCGGGCCUGGAGGUGGAGCUCUGGCACGCGCUGACGACCAUGCAAGCCGUCUACGACGACGCCGACCCCGGUUAG